ACUCGCGGUUAGGGAUUCGUUUAUUUUCAGUAUUGUUUGUGUCUAGUGUUUGAUUUUAAUACACGUUAUUCUGUGCACGUCAUCGUGAAUUAUCGAAGUAGUCAUCUACCAUUGAAGCUUUCCAUAUCCAUAAAAUAGAGUCUUAGGGCCUACACAACGAGGAGUUAUAGGCAUAUACCUUCUUCUCACCAUAUGUAGAAAGUAGCAGUAGUUUCAUCUAAUAGCAGAGGACUCGUCUCCGUUACCGCUACAAAAUUAUUCCAAUUUUCCAAUUUUUACCCAAUUCUCAUGCGUUUUUCUAAGAUCAAAUCGAAGCCGAAAAACAGAGAAGUCUAAAUAUGGCUGAAAUAUUUCCCGAUGUGUAUGAUUUCGUUCAUCCGACUCCGGUAUCGCUGAAAGAAUUAGCAGCCAUGGCCGUUAGCCUUGAAAUAUGGCGCUGUGAAAUGAAUAAAUAUCGCAAGAGCGAUACAUUGGAAGAAUUCUGGCCAUCCUGCGAAUGUAUCUCACUGAAAACCAUACUUCCUGAUUUACCAUCUACGAUCGCUAAUGUGAUUGCGAAAUACGUCAGAAGAUUCGCGCUCUCAAUACAAGAUUGGCUGAACGUUCAUCACACCAAAGUGUUUCGUUUUCAUUCUAAUUACAAAACCUAUGUUUUAAAUAAAUUCGAUGAUUUCGUUUGCGACUACAACGGCACCGUUCAUCGUGAGAAAACAGCCAAACGUAUGAUGGAUUCUGACAGAUUGAGUCAGGAUGAGAAAUUCAAAAUUGCUUGCGUGUAUUUUUUCGAAGACGAUAUCAGACGUAUUUGGCCAUCUACAAUAUGCAGAAAUAUGAAUUUGUGUGAUAUUGACUUUGACGAAAACGCAGAAUUAUAUUACUGGAUUGGCUGUCUCGAGAAUAAGUUACCAAAAAUACCAGGCUAUCCUGGUAAUUAUAUUGAGGAAAGAACGUUGAAAAAAUGUAUUACCAAUAAUAGUAGACAAUCGGUGGAGUAUUUUUGGGAUCGCAUAAAUUUGGUAACUCGAAUGCGGACAGCUAUAGACUGUUUUCAUACUAGCACACAAUCUUCUGUGAGGUUUAUUUUACCGAAACUAGACGAAGAAAAGCUGGCUGAAUUUGUUAAUUUAUAUGGCGUUGAAUUGAUUCAGUCUCUGUUGCUAGGUUUUGGACAUGAUGAAACAUUAGUUUUAUCGACUUGGAUGUACAUCAGAAACGUCAUGAACGUGAGUCAAAUUACAGAUCUGGUCGUUAGAAUGAUGCUAACAGAAGCUAGCGGUUGGCUGAAUUUCAAUAAUAUAGAAAAUUUUCUCUGUUUGUGUUUUGAAAUAUUGAAUGAUCUUCCGCUUGAUUCAAAACUAACGAUAAUUAGAACUAUUUUAUCCAACCACAACAAUGUGUUGGUUGAAAGUAGAUAUGCUGAUUCUGGAUCGUGGAGAACCAUUGAAUUCCUAUUACGUUUUCUUCCGUGUGUCCCUGUUGAGGAAAGGAACGUAUUUUGGCAUAGUUACUGGCAUCUUAUAAUUCCGCGCACACGUUGUAAAGAUUUGAAACGAAUUAUGGACAUCUGCUUUGAAAAUGAAGAUGAGAUUGUGGAAUUCAAAGAAAACAUCAUGACCGGAAAUGAAAGUGUACGUGGUGUCUGUGUCUCAUUAUGGAAUCAGUGUUUUUUCGACGAGUUGAAUGGAUUCGUGAAUUUUUGCUAUCCCGAUACUGGAAAAGCUCGACGUUUCAAGCAGGAACUGCUUCAAUCAUCUUUAUUUGGCGAAAGCGUUAGUUUUAGUAUCGAAUGUCUCAAUUCAUCUAAAGAAUUUAACGAAUUCAUCGACGAUGCUUACGAAAACUCUGAUCUAUCAACUGAUUUCAAAAUCCAACUAAUGUCAUCGCCCGAAAUUCAAUAUCGUUUAUCGCAGUACGCUUGUGAAAAAGUUUACGAACAGCUGAUGGAAUUUAUUGACAUGUUCGUGCCCUCGGAACAAAGUACUCUAAUGCAGCAGAUAAAAACCCGUAUGAUCAAUGCUCUGAAAGAAAAAUUAAUUGGCCACAUGGAUUCGAGUAUUUUAUAUAGCUGGUUGAGCAAAUCUUCGUUCAAAAGUUUUUUGUUAUGGUGUUUGCGAAGUGAAGAUGAGGUUGAUAAAUUCCAGCUAGAAUGUGUUUCGGAGUUUAAGCAGAGGAUCAAGAUGCUACGUGGGUGAGAAAGUCAGAGUGUAAUUCGUGUCGAGAUAGUGUUUUUGAACACUUGUUUGUGAAUUGAGAAUAUUUAUUUUGUUCGUUUAAACCCUACUCACUUAGGAUUAGUUACCUAUAUUGGCUAUACAUAUAUUACUUUAUAGCGAUUUGUAUAAUUUUGAAAGACUUGGAUUAAUUUGUUUUCAUGAUUUCUUGUAAUAAAAAUUCUUAUUGCAAUGUAA